AUGAUUACACAUGGCCAGGGUGGCGAGGCAGACGAGGAUGUAGAUUGUGGCGACGCAGGCAUUGAUGGGGUUGCGCAUGCACUGGAAGAUGGCGCGCGGACCCCGGAUGGCGUGCACGAGAAUGGAAAGACCAGGGUCUGCGAGGACGAUGCCGGCAUCGCCGCGGGCAAUGGCAGGCGUGUUGUGAACAGCGUCACCGGCCGUAGCAACCAAGGGGGCGAGCCCCUGGCGAUGCUUGACGAUGCCGCAUUCGCGCUUGGCAAGACAGCGGGGAAGGCGCAGGCGUGGACCACUGCCUCGUCGUGCGAUGUGGUCGCCGAGACCCCGAGACGGCGGCGGGUCUCCUUCGCCCUAGCGAGCUGGUCUCGGGUGGCCAUGUUGACACCGAGAGCCAUGCUGCUCAUGCGGCUGAUCGAGGAGCAGGAGCGCGGGCGCGAGGCGCCGCAGUGGGGAUACGAGCCGAGCCGAGGCGCGAGCCAGGAGGGCGCGGCGCAGGUUGUACCGAGCUGGGCAGGGGGUUUAAGGGGAAGACCAAACUGGUGCCUCCCGCUCGCGACGUGCGAAGAAACUGGCGUGCAGACCGCGGAUGCGUCACCCGGGCCGAUCCCCAACGCGUACAUCAACGCGAGUCUGCAGGGGCCAUUUAGCCGUGAGCACUUGCGAACGGGCGACGGCCGCAAACGGCCGUCCUAUGUGGGUGCCGGAGAUAGCAAUGUCAGUGUCCUCAUGGCAGGACACAGCCUCCCUUGGCGAGCUGCAAACGCGGUCACCCGGCAUAGCCGAAGCAUGCGUCUCGCAACAAGCCAGAGGAGGAUGUGCCACCGCAACGAGGACACCGAGAUGGUUAACAACUCAGUCCUUCAUCUUCACACGGGCAGUGGUAAUGGCUGA